CGAAGGUUUCGAAUUCAGAGUGAAUUUUAUUACUGCUGUGUUUAUAAAGAACAAUUAUUUACUGUAGAUCUGAGAAUUUACCACAUUCAGUAAAGAAUCAGUUUACAAUUUCUUUUGAGAUCUUUAAUGACUUGAUCUAAAAAAUUCUGAAAAAUCUAAUCUAAAUGUAAUAAAUUAAACCUGUGUGAAUGAUUAACAUUAAGCUAUUUAUAAUCGUGCUGUGGAAAAUAUUUCUGAGGAAUAGAGCUUAUCUCAGUUAUACUGUAUUAUAUAUUUUCUUCUGUUCCUAAUAAAGUGGCCAUAUAAUUGAUAGAAUUUGCAUGUUUUACAGAAAUUGUUUUUUUCAUGCGCGCGUGUGUGUGUGUUCCAGCAUCUUGUUUGCAAAUAUCACACUGAAUCUAAAAUGAGUAUUUUUAGAGAACAGAACAUUGAGAAAGAGCGAAGUCUGAUUCAGGCUGAAAGAUCAGACUCCCCUGAACUCAGCAAUCUGUCUAUGAGAUCAAUGGAACCUCCAUAUAACAUCAGAGCUAAAAACAGCUCUACUGACCUCAGUGUGUGUCCUGGGUUGAUGGAGGGUGAGAGAUCAGAUUCUCCUGAACCAAGCCAUAUGUCUAUGAAGAGUGACCAGUCAAUGGAACCUCCAUAUAACAUCUGCAGUGCAGACAGAGUGGGUUCUACUGACCUGAGACAAAAUAAGACAACAGAAAUAAUCAAGAGAAAUCAAUGGAAGUCCAUAUUCAAGGAUCUGGAACACAAAGUCAUCAAUCUACUGAAGAAUGAGAUAAACAAAUAUAGAAUAUUAUUAAAUCUAGAUUACCCAGAAUGCACUGAGAGGGAAGUUGAAGAUGAGAAGGAUCAGAGCCCUGUUUGUGAGGGUGCACUGAAGAUCACACUGCAUGUCCUACAAGAAAUGGACCAUUCAGAUCUUGCCAUCGCACUGCAGAGCAAGCUGGACUCUGUGAAUCAUAUAAACUUUAAAUCUAACCUGAUAAAGAAAUACGGGAGAAUUAAUGAAGGAAUCUCUCAGUAUAGAAGCGCACUUCUGAAUGAGAUCUACACAGAGCUCUACAUCACAGAGGGCUGGAGUGAAGACAUCAAUAAUAAACAUGAGGUUAGACAGAUUGAGACAAUGUUCAGGAGACCAGCAACACAGGAGACACCCAUCAAAUGUAAUGAUCUCUUUAAAAACAAGACCAUCAGACGUGUGCUGACUAAAGGAGUCGCUGGAAUUGGAAAAACAGUCUCUGUGCAGAAGUUCAUUCUGGACUGGGCUGAAGGAAAAGCAAAUCAGGACGUCACCUUCAUGUUUCCACUUCCUUUUAGAGAUCUAAAUUUGAUCAAGCAGAAAACAUUCAGUCUGAUGGAUCUUCUUCAUCAUUUCUUUCCAAAGAUAAGAAAACUAGAAUUAAUGAACUGUGACUCCUACAAAGUCAUCUUCAUCUUUGAUGGUCUGGAUGAGUGUCGACUUCCUCUUAAUUUCCAGAACAAUGAGAGAUUGUGUGAUGUGACAGAAUCGGCCUCAGUGGAUGUGCUUCUGACGAACCUCAUCAAGGGGAAUCUGCUUCCCUCUGCUCUCAUCUGGAUCACCUCUCGACCAGGAGCAGCCAAUCAGAUCCCUCCUGAGUGUGUAGACCAGGUAACAGAGAUACGAGGGUUCAGUGAUCCUCAGAAAGAAGAAUACUUCAAGAGAAGGAUCAGUGAUCAGCGCCUAGCCAAUAACAUAAUCACACACAUGAAGUCUUCCAGAAGCCUGUACAUCAUGUGUCAUAUUCCAGUCUUCUGCUGGAUCUCAGCCACUGUUCUGGAGAGAAUGUUGGGUGAAGCAGAUAGUUGCGAGAUUCCCAAGACUCUGACUCAAAUGUUCACACACUUCCUGAUCGUUCAGAUUAAAUACAAUGAACUAAAGUACAAACAGAAAUGUGACUCUGACCCUUUCAAGUUUAGAGAGAGUAUCCUGGCACUGGGAAAACUGGCUUUCCAGCAGCUGGAGAAAGGAAACCUGAUCUUCUAUGAGGAAGACCUAAGACAGUGUGACAUUGAUGUUAGAGAAGUGUCAGUGUACUCAGGAGUGUGUACUCAGAUCUUCAGAGAGGAGUCUGGGCUUCACCUGGAGAAGGUGUUUAGCUUUGUACAUCUGAGUGUUCAGGAGUUUCUGGCUGCUUUGUAUGUAUUAAGUACCUUCAUCUUAAAAAAAAUAAAUGUGAUCAGGGAGAAAAAUAAUUUUUUUUAUGUCUUUAAUAAACCAAGCAUGAUUGAGCUCCUGAAGAAUGCAGUAGACAAGGCAUUCCAGAGUAAGAAUGGUCACCUGGACUUGUUCCUCUGCUUCCUUCUGGGUCUCUCACUGGAAUCCAAUCAGACUCUCUUACAAGGAUUAAUACUGAAGACAGGAAGCAGUUGUGAAUGCAGAGAAGAAAUAAUUGAGUACAUAAAGUGUAGGAUCAGGAGCAAACCAUCUCCAGAGAAAUCUAUCAAUCUGUUCCACUGUCUGAAUGAACUGAAUGAUCAUUCUCUCGUGAAGGAAAUCCAAUCUUACCUGAACAGAGAGGGUAAAAGUGCUCUCAAUGGAGCUCGUCUUUCUCCUGCUCAUUGGUCAGCUCUGGUGUUUGUGUUACUGAAAUCACAAGAGGAAAUGACUGAGUUUGACUUGACAAAAUAUCAACCAUCUGAGGAAUGUCUUCUGUGGCUGAUGCCAGUGCUUAAAGUAUCAGUCAAAGCUGUGCUGAGUAUGAGUAAUCUGGGAGAGAGAAGCUGUGGAGCUCUGUCCUUGUUCCUCAGCUCAUCCUCCUCCUGUCUGAGAGAACUGGACUUGAGUCAAAACAAACUGAAGGAUGCCGGAAUGAAGCUGCUCUCUGAAGGACUGCAGAGUUCACACUGUAAACUAAAGAUACUGUGGUUGUGUGAUUGUCAUCUUACACAGAGAAGCUGUACAAUUCUGUCUUCAGUUCUCAGCUUGAACUCAUGCUGUCUGAAAGAACUGAACCUUAGUGGAAAUAAACUGCUGGAUUCAGGAGUGAAGGAGCUUUCUGAGGGACUGAAACAUCCACACUGCAAACUGGAGAGUCUCUGGCUGCGCGCAUGUGAUCUAAAAGAAGAAAGCUGUAGCUAUCUGUCCUCAGUUCUCAGCUCGAACUCCUCCUGUCUGAUGGAACUGUACCUGAGGGCCAAUGACCUGCAAGAUAAAGGAGUGAUGUUCCUCUCUGAUGGCCUGAAGAAUCCACACUGCAAAUUGAAGACACUGGGGUUGGUCAGUUGUAAAAUCACAGAUGAAGGAGUUAAAGCUCUGGUUUCAGCUCUGAGGUCAAACACCUCAUCACAGCUGAAAGCACUGGAUCUGUAUGGAAAUAAACCAGGAGACUCUGGAAUGAAACUAAUAAACGAUCUACUGCAGGACCAAAACUAUAAACUGGAGUCUUUAGACAUCCAGACAUAACCUGUAAGUGCUGCUGACUCUGAACAUGAAUCAAACUCUGGUGAUGGAGAUAUAAUCCUACAACUGAACCACAUUUCUGCAGACUGGCUGCAGAGGAACUCCC